AUGAACAAAAUUCUCAUAAGACUAGUGAUUGUUUCGGCCAUUGGGGUUUUGAGUCAAACUUCACGAAAUGAUAUCCCAGAAGAUGCCACGAUGACCUUCAGUGAGCUAGCUGACAAGUACGGGCACAAAGCUGAAGAACAUGACGUCAUCUCUGGGGGCGGGUAUAUCCUGACGCUGUUCCAUAUCCCUGGAGAUAAACAUCGGCCGAUACUUCUCAUACAUGGCGCCAUCGACUCCGCCGACAGCUACAUCAUGAGGGGCAACACGUCACUGGUCAUCGCGUUAGCAAGGGACAAAUACGACGUGUGGGUCAUGAACUACCGCGGCAACAGAUACGCGCGCCGACACACCAGCAUGGACGCCGACUCUAACCAAGAGUACUGGGACUUCAGUCUCACAGAAAUAGGAUACUAUGACGUACCAGCUAACAUCGACUAUGUUCUGAAUAAAACUGGUGAAGACAAAUUAAGUGUGAUCGGAUAUUCAGAGGGAACCAUGUCCAUGUACCUUCUAGGAGCCACGCGGCCCGAGUACAACGAUAAAGUUAAGAUAUUCAUAUCGUUGGCUCCAGUCUGUACCCUAAAAAACACAAAGCCUUUGGCGUCAAUAGUAAUACAGAUCGCACCGUUGUUAAACGUCGCACUGGAAGCGAUCAACAGAAACGAGUUAUUGGGACAGAACUCAACGUUACGAGCCUUAUUAACCGAUUUGUGCUCUCAGAAAGUUGGAUACCAAGUGUGUUUGAUUAAUGGACUGUUUCUUCUGACUGGUGCUGAUGCUAAGGAGAUAGAGCCAGAGUUCUUCCCUGUGGUUGUAGGACACUUCCCGGCUGGAACUUCAAGGAAGAAUAUAAACCAUUUAGUGCAGAUAAGCUUAAGCGGGAAGUUUAGGGACUAUGACUACGGAAUGAUGAAGAAUAUGGAAAAGUAUAGGAGGUUGACUCCCCCGGAGUAUGACUUGAGUAAAGUGACCAUGAAGGUUGCAUUGAUCGCAGCUAAGAAUGACAAGUUAUCUACCAUCAAGGAUGUUGAGUGGCUAAGGGAACGGUUACCAAAUGUGGUGGACUACACGGUCAUGAAGAGUGAUGUAUUCAAUCACGUGGAUUACAUUUGGGGCAGGACUGCGUACAAGACAUUGUUUCCACAUAUAUUCCGACUACUGAACAAGUACAAUAAAUGA